AUGUGCAAGCACGUCCUCAACGCCCAGGUGUCGAUCCGCAGCCCGUGCUGCCGGAAGUGGUUCGACUGCGCCGAGUGCCACCACGAGUCCGAGUCGCACGCGCUCAAGCCGACGCUGGAGAUGAUCUUUGCCUGCAAGAAGUGCCGCAAGUGCUUCCGCAAGGACGUCGAGGAGUUCGAGGAGGCCGACGAGUUCUGCCCGCACUGCGACAACCACUUCGUCCUCGAGGCCGUGGUCCCCAAGCCCGCGCUGCGCGUCGAGGGAGAGGACGCGAGGGUGGACAACAGAAUGCUCAAGGACGACAGAGUCAAGGAGCAGGAGUUCAAGACAAUAUUCGACCCUGACAAGGAUGCCAACAGACUGGGUUAG